AUGGCCGAAAUCCAUCGAUCCUCACAAACUUCCGAAGAAAAACAAUUAGGCGAGGAAGGGCUCAUUGAAGCAACGCCCUUACCGACACCUCUUCCAAAAAAACAGUUAGCAAUCCUUCUCCUUGUCCAGAUGCCUGAGCAGCUGGCGGCCUCUGUGAUAUAUCCCUUUGUGAACCAGCUAGUCAGGUCAACAGGUAUCACAGGCGGAGAUGAGCGUAAGACAGGCUACUAUGCAGGCUUGAUUGAAUCCUUGUAUUAUGCAGUCGAGGCUGUCACGAUUUUGCAAUGGGGUCGCGUGUCUGACCACAUUGGAAGGAAGCCAGUGAUUCUCAUUGGGCUUUUCGGGAUUACAUUGUCUAUCGUCUCCUUUGGAUUUUCGAAUAGAUUCUGGAUGAUCAUCCUCAGCCGUUGUGCACAAGGUGCUCUCAAUGGCAAUAUCGGCGUAGUCAAAAGCGUCAUGACCGAGAUCACUGACGCCUCCAAUAUGGCGCAAGCAUUCGCAUGGCUACCGUUGGCAUGGUCCACUGGUUAUGCCCUAGGAUUCCUCAUUGGAGGGGUUCUCUCAGACCCAGCAGCUAAAUGGCCAAAUUCCGUCGGGCGCUAUCCCUUGUUCCAUCGGUAUCCUUAUUUUUUGCCCUGCAUCGUUGCCGCCAGCGUAUCGAUAUCCUCCUGGUUUAUCACCUUACUAUUUCUUAAAGAAUGGCGACGCCAAAAAGUUGGUCAUGCAGCUGCUACGAUCCACGACAAGCCUGCAGACGCCCAGGUCGACGGACUACCUCGCAUGCUGGAUGAAGCAGAGAUCGCCAGCCCAGUUUCCACUUCCGUUGAGUCUACGAGGACCGAUUUUCGCUCCAUUCUCAUCCCAGGCGUCAUAAUACCAGUCUUGCACUAUGGUUUACUGAGCUUCGUUGACCAGUGCAUGCUGGUACUAAUACCGCUCAUGUAUUCGACAUCACGUUCACUCGGAGGGCUUGGGUUUAGUAGCAACACUAUUGGAUUGGUGAUGACGGUCUGGACUAUGUUGAACGGCACGAUACAGGUUUAUACGUUCCCGCGAUUGCUGCGACGAUUUGGACCAAAGAGGUUGUAUAUCACAAGUUUCACCUUCUUCCUCAUAACAUUUUCCACUUACCCGUUAAUGAAUUAUAUGGCUAAGCGCAAUAUGGAAGUAGGGAUGUGGUUGAUUCUUUGCGUUCAACUCGCUGCAUACAUCGUUGCGUACAAUACCUAUAGCUGUAUUAUAUUAUAUGUCAACAAUGGGGCACCGAGCAGGGAAUUGCUGGGAGCGACAAAUGGCCUAGCACAGACGCUAGGUUCCAUGAUGCGUGCUAUUGGACCAAUAGCGGUUUCUUCACUGUUCGCUCUGUCAUUGGAGAACAAUCUCCUAGGCGGAACAGCCGUAUACUGGAUAAUGUGCAUGAUUGUCAUAUUGGUGCUCUGUUUCUCGACAUAUCUGCCAAAAAGCCUUACUUAG